AUGCGGGCGGGAAAUCAGCAGCGCUACCACGACAUUUUACGUCGUGAGGCUGAGACUCAGAAGAGAAGACUCCACCGUGGGUCGGCGCCCGUCUCUGUGCACAGCGGCAGUAGUCACGAUACCGAAUCAUUAUCUGGCUUCGUGAGUAGUGCCUCUUACGUAUGCGACCCGCUGGCCGAACUGGGCAUUCCCUUGAUAGCCGUGCCGGCUGUAGUCAACUACGUCUGCGACCGCCGCGGCUUCACCUCGCUGCACCCCAACUUUCUUCUCUUUGAGCACCUGCGCUGCAUCGUCUUGGAGCACAACGCAUUGGAAACCCUCCACCAUCUACGACUGCCACCGUCGACGGCCCGCGCAUCCUCAGCUAUGACUGCCACCGCUGGGCUUCCCUCUCUCCAGACCUCGCCUCCCCUUUACCGCGGAUGUCGCCGGCUGACUCAUCUCCACGUCGCGUACAAUCGCAUUCGCGACAUUGCGGGCGACACUGACAUCUCGCGCCUCUCCCUUCUCGAGCACCUGUCGCUGGCGCACAAUCAGCUGACCGAUCUCGACAAGGUGCUGCGUGCACUGAAACGACUGCGACGUCUUCACUUUCUGGACCUGCGCGGCAACCCAGUUACGGGGGAGACGCGAUACCGCGAGCGAUGCGUGGUGGCACUUCCCCAGGUGGAGGUGCUUGAUUGCCAGUCUGUCACACCGAAAGAGCGCGAGGCGGCAGCGGCACCGGCGCGGUGGCACCAGCGCACACAUGAGGAGGACCAUCCGUGCAGCACCGCCGCUGGUACGGCUACUACAGCGAGUAGGAUGCGGCCACAUACAUCGCCGAGCUGCGUGAAAGCGGUGAAAACGGCGGGUGAUCUCUUCGCCAAGUCGCUCACGACAAGGGACUUGGAGCGAAACUAUGUGGCGCACCUUCGCCGACGGCGGCAAGCACAGGAAGCGGCAGCGCAGAGAACCUCUGAUGCCUGGCGACAGCAAGAGGAGACGUGGGAGUCAUUUCACGCUGUCUGGACCCUCUCACAGCCUGGCAUGCCGCUUUCCGCUGAUGGCUGGCAACGGGUACAAAUAGCAGCGGCAGCGUCGUCGGAUAGUGCUGAAGGAGAUGGGGAAAGGUCGGAGACGCAUAGCUCCCUCUUCUCCACCCCGAACCUUCGGCUGCCGGCAUCCCGCUCCGCUGGUGCAUCAGCCGUGACAUCGCCGCUGCAUGCGGCCCGCAAGCAGGCCACAGCUCCGUCCGUCUCCCCUGUAACGACCACCACCACGGCAGCAGCGACGCCGACACGCGUGAGUGGUGGCAGCGGCACAGUGGUGCUGAGCGUGACAAUCGACGUGCCGCUUGAUCGUCCCCUCUUCCCCUCGUCUUCAGAGACGGCUGUCACGCCCGAGUCAUCCAGCCCUCAGGCAGCAGCAGCAGCAGCAGCAGCAUCCACCAAAUCAGGCCCCCUCUCCCUAGUCGCCACCGCUACGCCACUGUUGCCCUCGCUAUACGAUAGUGCGUAUUUCCGCACCCUCCGAGGUGGCUCUGCGACAUCGCGCACGGACACUGUGCCGCUCCUGCCGGCCGGCACCUCUCCGCCUGCAGUGAGCUCGCUGCUGCCUGUGGAGGGGCCGUCGUCUGAUCGACUCGCCACGCUACAACGUACACUGCAGGCCUCCGCUCACAUUGUCCGCGUCGCAGCCGCACGGCAGAGCCCUCUGGGGACACUGAAGAAUCCAGCAGCAGCAGCAACAGCCAUGGACUCUUCGUCGGAGCGUGCGUUGUCAGGGCGACGUAAUGUGGCACCAUCGUCGUCACCGCUCACUGCCGCUAUUGCGACCAGCGUUCCUGUUGAGCUCAGCACUUUGCGUACCAUUCAGGAGACCAAGUAUGCCGUCAUUCCGCCGCCGUGGGAAGGCGCGAGCGAGCACGCUGCGGUUUCACCGGGUACCACCGGAGCCUUAAAAGCGACCCCCCAUUGCAUCGGUGUGAUCUCGGCUGCCACAACUCACCAGGAAGCGCUCACAGAGAUCCUGGUGCUUCUGCACGACGUCUACUCCCUGAACGAGCUCCAGACGCUGGAGGGCGAGUAUGGUGGGGCCGAGCUACUGCGUCUGCUGCCGCUGCGCGAGUGGUCCGUCCGCGGGGCCGACAACGGAACUGGGGAAGCCAGAAGCACCACCGUGGCGGCGAAGCAGGCCAUGUCAUCUUUGUCGCGCCCUGGCAACCCUGGAAGCGCCGCAAGCGGCAGUGGCCGCGGUCCUGCCUCCCAGCAUGAUCGAAAACGCUUCGCUGCGGCCAAGGGCAUCGUACACAGAGGCAGUGCGGGGGCCGGCUCAGCAGGUGCAGCGGCCGCACGUGGUGGUAACGCCGACGUCGCCGGAGGUGUGCCAACGGCAGCCGCUGCCGUGGCCGCUGCGCGAGCAGCGCUGCCUAGUGACCCGCAGCAGGUGUGGCAGCUCCUCACAGGUCCCUACAUCGUCGCAGGGACGGCGGGUGGAGAAAGUCCCGGAGCCGCAGUCACCCUUGGGAAGAGCAGCGGCAGCGCCACCAACUCGGCGUCCCCUGCGGAGGCCACAAGCCGCAGCAACGCAGAAGUUGGACCCAACGCAUCCUCUGGUGCUACCGCCGCAACCGCCCCUCUGACUUCCCUGCAGGACCCAGAAGUGGUACGACAUCUUGUGCGUCCAAUCGGCCCUUACGCAUCGCACGUGCUGGGACCGCUACUGACGCUCCUGCGGGCGCCUGUGACUGAGGAGAACGUGCAGCCGAUGUGCGACGCUCUUGCGGCACACCACACCGUGGACGAGAGAGUCGUUGUAGCGGCAGCCAUGGCGGCGCCCAUUUCGAGGAGCACCACCGCAGAGCCCCAGCCUCGCUCCGUCAGUGCGGGACCCAGGAGCAAGAAGGAGUUGGUCCUGGUGACAGAAGAUAGCGGCAGCGCUCAGGUGAAGAGCAAGAGGCCAGCCAGGGGUGCAGCGUUGACCUCCUUCCCCGACGCCGUGGCUUCCGCAUCUCGGUCGCCUGUGCCCUCUGUCAUGGGCCCCCAAACGCGCACUUCCACAAAAGCCGCGCAGGUGCUCCUGCAGCAGUCCGUCCCUCCACAACUUACCCUCACCGCGGUGCUGACCUCACUUCUCUUCUCCCCGGCGUUUGUGCGCUCCCGCGUCGCCUACCUGGAGGAAAAGCUAACGCGUUUAGUCUCAGCGACGGCGGCCACUAGCGUCAUAACUGCUGCCGACCAUGCAGACCAGAAGAGCGGCCUCACAUUCGCUGACAGAACCUCCCAUUCCGGGAAGGGCAACGGUGCUGCGACAACGCUAGCCCGUCUCUUUCACCGCGUGCAGGCAGUUAAGAUGCAUGCUGCGCGCAUUGAGGCCGCACUGGCGGUGGCGGGCCCAUCCUCGAGAACGAACGACACAUCGCUUCUCCUUGACCCUACACAGGUCCUAACCACCUACACUGGCCACCAUUAG